GCUGUAGGUGUCUUCCCCCACCCCUGAAGAUUUCAGAGAAAAACAAAUUAGAAUCUGAGAUUGCAGGCUCCAGAUAAACUGUAAACUGCUGGAAGGAGGCCAUGGCUGUGGCCCUGGGUUGUGCAAUCCAGGCCUCCUUGAAUCAAGGCUCCGUGUUUCAAGAGUAUGAUACUGAUUGUGAAGUCUUCCGUCAGCGCUUCAGGCAGUUCCAGUACAGAGAGGCGGCCGGACCUCAUGAAGCUUUCAACAAACUCUGGGAGCUUUGCUGUCAAUGGCUGAAGCCAAAGAUGCGCUCUAAGGAACAAAUCCUGGAGCUGCUAGUAUUGGAGCAAUUCCUAACUAUCCUGCCCACGGAGAUAGAGACCUGGGUGAGGGAACACUGUCCGGAGAAUAGAGAAAGAGUUGUAUCACUGAUAGAAGACUUACAGAGAGAACUUGAGAUACCAGAGCAACAGGUUGAUAUGCAUGACAUGCUCUUGGAAGAACUGGCACCAGUGGGACCAGCACACAUACCACCAAACAUGCACCUGGAGUCACCUGCACUCCAGGUAAUGGGACCUGCUCAAGAUGCCCCAGUGACAGAGACUUGGCUCCCACAGCCAGGGCCGCAGGAGCUGAACUAUGGUGCUGCUGGGGAGUGCCAGCCCUUUCUGGACCCGGGAUAUCCAUUACCAAAGCUUGAUGUGAACUUCACAUUGGAGCACAGAGAAGAGCCAUGGGUGAAGGAAUUACAGGAUUCCAAAGAAAUGAAACAAUUACUUGAUUCCAAAAUAGGUUUUGAAAUUGAGAUAGAAAAUGACGAUGAUCCUUCAAAACAGAAGAAACUGGAGAAUAUGUAUCCAUUUAUUGUGACUGAGGGGAACGCUCUCGAUGGUCCCAUUUUGCAAAAAGACUAUGUACAGUUAGAAAAUCAAUGGGAACCCUCUCCAGAAGAUUUAGAGACAGAUUUAACAAAACUUGUAGAGCAACAGAACCCCACUCUAGGAGAGACACCUGAGUCCUCCAACUUGGAAGAACCUCUUAACUCUAGACUCCGUAAAAAAAAGAGUCCAGUAGAGAAACCUCACCGAUGUCCUCAGUGUGGGAAAUGUUUUGCUCGGAAGUCACAACUUACAGGGCACCAGCGGAUUCAUUCAGGAGAGGAACCUCACAAAUGCCCUGAAUGUGGGAAAAGAUUCCUUCGCAGUUCAGACCUUUAUAGACACCAACGACUUCAUACAGGGGAGAGACCCUAUGAAUGCACUGUAUGCAAAAAACGAUUUACUCGGCGGUCACACCUUAUGGGGCACCAGAGAACCCAUUCUGAAGAAGAAACAUAUAAAUGCCUUGAGUGUGGGAAAACUUUUUGUCAUGGAUCAAGUCUUAAAAGACAUCUGAAAACUCAUACAGGUGAAAAACCUCAUAGAUGUCAUAAUUGUGGGAAAAGUUUUAGUCGACUGACAGCUCUCACUUUGCACCAGAGAACACAUACUGAAGAGAGACCUUUUAAAUGUAAUUAUUGUGGGAAAAGCUUUAGACAGAGACCAAGCCUCGUUAUUCAUUUAAGAAUUCAUACAGGGGAGAAGCCUUACAAGUGCACUCAUUGUUCUAAAAGCUUCAGACAGAGAGCAGGCCUUAUUAUGCACCAAGUCACUCACUUUAGAGGAUUGCUUUAAGAAUGGUUAAGGGAAAUAGGUCCUACAGAAAUUGAUACAAACUCAAAAGAAUCUUAAGCUAUGGCACCGUGUUCAAACACUUUUGUUUGAACUUAUGAGAAAGGUUUUUUUUUUUUAAUUUUUAUUUUUUGCUACUUUUAAAAACCUGUCUUCCAGGUCAUAUAAGUUCUAUAUUAUCUAC